ACAGUGUGUUUAUACUGUUUAUGUUUUCUGUUGUGCUUAUGCAUUUUGCAUAUUUUCUCCUCUCAUUUAUAAUUUAUUUAUCUUUUUAAAAUAAUUUAUUUAAUAAUAUUUAUAAUAUUGUUGCUUGCCAUUUUUAUAUCUAUGUUUCAAAAUGCAAUUUUUUAAACCCGCUUGGAUCAAUCAUGAUGGUAAUAAACCUAUAUUUUCUGUAGAUGUACAUCCAAAAGGUAACAGGUUUGCCACAGGAGGACAAGGAGGCUCCGGAGGUAGGAUAGUCAUUUGGAACUUAAAUCCUGUUAUAAAUCAAAAUGAUGAAGAUGAUCCUAAGGUUGCCAAGAUGCUUUGUCAAAUGGAUAAUCAUACAGGUUGUGUGAAUGUGGUAAGAUGGAGCAACAAUGGCCACUAUCUGGCUUCAGGCAGUGAUGAUAAAUUAAUUAUGAUUUGGAGGUUGACCAGUGAAGGCAGCUCCACCAUUUUUGGCAGCAGUCAAAUCAAUGUAGAAACGUGGAAAUGUGUUAACACCCUAAAUUUGCAUGAGGCGGAUGUUUUGGAUUUAGCUUGGGCACCCCAUGAUGGAUGGUUGGCAUCUGGAAGUAUUGAUAAUACUGUGAUAGUAUGGAAUGCCCACAAAUUUCCAGAAAAAGUGGCACACUUAACAAAUCACACAGGACUUGUCAAAGGAGUUACAUGGGAUCCUGUAGGCAAGUACCUUGCAAGCCAAUCAGAUGAUAAGUCUCUCAGGAUAUGGAGAACUUCAGACUGGAAUCAGCAAGAAGUUAUUACCGAUCCAUUUAUUGAUUGUUCUGCUACUACCCAUGUGCUAAGGUGUUCUUGGUCCCCUGAUGGCCAAUACCUUGUUUCGGCUCAUGCAAUGAAUGGCGGCGGUCCCACUGCUCAAAUUAUCGAAAGGGAGGGCUGGAAACACGAAAAGGAUUUUGUGGGUCACCGAAAAGCUAUCACCUGCGUGCGGUUUAAUUCUAACAUUUUUAAAAAACCGUCGCGAGACAGCCCCAGUAAAUCCACGCAGUAUUGUUGCCUCGCAAUUGGUUCACGUGAUAGGUCGAUUAGUGUGUGGUUGACGUCAUUAAAACGUCCCCUGGUAGUGGUCAAGGAACUAUUCGAAGAUAGUAUUCUGGACAUUUCUUGGAGUUCCCGCGGUGAUUUCUUACUCGCCUGCUCGGGAGAUGGCACGGUCGCUUGCAUUAUGUUCGAAGAGACCGAAAUUGGAAUUCCUCUCACUAUGGAUGAGAAGAAUGCUCUUUACGAAAGGAUCUACCAUAGAUCGCUGCAAAGUAGUUGGAACACAAACGUUGGGAGCUCCCAAAUAAUAGAAGACCCGGAAAUUUUACUCGCCAUUGAGGAAGUGAACAAAAAAACGAAACCUUUGAACAUAGAACCGCCUGAAAUCAACGAACCUCCUAAGCCUCAAGAUAUCAUCAUAGCGAGUCCAAACUUAAAUCAGAGCGUCUUAGUUCCUGCCAAUAAGCAGGUUGAAACUAGACUGCCGUCAGGGAAAAGACGGAUUACUCCAAUGCUGUUAACCCCGUCUGGAAAUGUUAAUGAUUCUUUAACUAGUCCAACAAAGCAAUCCACUCCAACCCCAUGCUUCAGUUCUUCCACCCCAACUAAAAGUACCAUAAUAGUGGAAAAACGAACUGGAUUAUCAAAUGCGAGUCAAGUAAUUUCUCCCAGUCCUUCCGAGCCAGCAUUGCGCAAAGUUGAAACUUUAAAAACAGUAGUGUCAACGCCGCCAGGGAUUCAAAUUAAUCAGUUGAUGUGCGUAGAGGUGCCGGGUGACCAACCGAUUACGAAAGUCAUUAAUAUACUCGACCCGUUGGACUUAAAUGCGGCUCCGAUGAUUACUAAAGAAGCUGAAAACGUUGAAAUUCAGGUUAACAAUAACUGCCACAAAAUAUCAAGCACCCAGUCAUUAUCGAAGAUAGUAGUAUGCAAAGCGACAACGAACAGAGAACCUAUUUGGGAAACGUUCUUAGGAUCUGCUGUAAGGACGAUAGGUUCAACCAGAAAGUACGUCGUAGCUUGUUGCGAGGACUGCACUAUUAAUAUUUACGAUAUCAAAUGCGGUGCAAGAUUAACUCCUCCACUAUUAAUAGAUGAUUUAGUUUGCUGUACCAGUUUAUCGCAAGCCGGAUUUCUGUUGGUUCUUACUAAAACUGGAUUGAUGUAUUUAUGGGAUUUGAAUAGUAAAAAAUCGAUCCUUAAUCGGAUUUCUAUUCGGUCUCUUCUGAGCGGUAGAGCUACAGUCAAAGGUAUUUCUCUUACAACCUCAAACGAACCAAUCUUAACCCUAAGCGACGGAAGAGCUUACUCUUACAGCAUAGAUUUCCAAACUUGGAUGUAUCUAUCAAAUCCGUUGGAUCCGGUAAGCAGGGCCGCUGUAUCCGUGAUGAAAAACAUGCCCGGCAAUCUUCCGUUAGCGUCUUUCCAGCGCGAAAUGUUCCGGUAUCGUUCGACCAACUCGACACUACCGCCUGGAGUUACGUUGAGUUUUAUCGAAACUCAAAUACCAGCCACUAAAGUAUUACAGAGCGUGACCGAGUUUAGGAAUUGGUUGUUUGUGCAGGUGAAUCAUCUUCUAGAAAAAGGCCCCGAAUGUAGACUGAAAUAUAUCUUAGAUGAUUUAAUGGGACCUUCGCAUGGACGUGGGGUAAAUUCAAAACUCAAUGGUAGUAUUAUGGGUAUUCCACGAAGAAAGCUCCUAGAAGAUAUCUUAGGUAUUAUAAAGUCAAAACUGCCCUGGCAGAGACUUUAUAAAGAAUAUAAAGAGCAAUUGGACGAGAUAGAAUAGCUUUAUAACACAACCGUUAUGUCUGGGUCUUAUGCAAACAAACUAGAAUCGAAAUUGGUAUAACAAAGACUGACUAACUAUUGCAUAAAAUGCUCAAGUAUUUUAUCUGUAAGAUUCGAUUUUAAUUCAUAGGUUUAAGAACAAUAAAAUUGUUUUUUUAAAUAUAUUACUGUUGUAUAUAGUAUAACAUUCAUUUAAUAUGUAAUACAAAUUAUAAAGCAGC